UUCCGACCACGUUACUGGUGUUUUCACUAUUCCGCCGUUGUAGCUUGUACGAGUGCGUUAUUUUUUUGGUAGGUACCUACUUCUUUUAGUCAUAUCGCGAUUAAUGAUAUUAAUUUACAACUCUCCGCUGUUUUGAAUUUUGACGUACGGAUAAUAUAGUCGUAAACCGUUGGCGUGUUUAAAUGUUUUUACGUUUUGUAUUUAUUAGGGAAAGAGCAAGUGAUGAAUUCUAAAAACACUGGGUCUAUGGACAAAUCAGUUGUAGUUCAAGAUAAGCAAUCGAAUGAAAAUGGCACUCCAAAAACUGUUGAUAAAAAUGGAGCCAAAAGUAAAAAACGUAGAACGUAUUUACGUGACAAAAAAGCUCCAAAACCUCCACUUAGUGGAUACAUAAGAUUUUUAAAUAAUAGACGUCAACAAUUUUGUUCUCAAAAUUCCAAUUUACCAUUUUCUGAAAUAACCAAAAUACUAGCUACUGAAUGGAACCAAAUGCCAGCAGAUAAAAAAAAACCAUACCUUUUAGCCGCUGAACAAGAACGAGUAAAAUAUGUUGAAGAACUUGAGGCUUAUAAAAAGACUGAUGCAUACAGAAAUUUUAUGAAGUUAAAAUCAAACAGAGCUAAAUAUGAUAUACCUAUCAAAAAAGAACAAAAAUUAAAAGAAGAAAAAUCUUCCAAUGAUACCAAAUUYAAAAAGGAUCAAGGAUUUAAAAGAGAAAAUCCAUCUACAUCAAGUAAGUUUAAAAAGGGAAACCUAUCUAUAUCUAGUGAUAAUAAUAAAGUUCAUGACAUAACUAUAUUUACUGAAGAAUUCUUAAACUUCAAUAAAGCUAGAGAUGUUGAACUAAGGAACUUUCGUAAAAAGGUAACAGAUCAAAAACAAGAAGUAUGUGUUUUAGAAAAACAUAUUGAAAAUAUUGAAAAUUUUAGUACAAGAUUARUGGCUCACAAUGAACAACUCAAUGCUGAAUGUUCAAAGUAUGAACAGUAUUUAAUUAAAUUACGAUCUAAACUUCUGGAUGCAUUUGUUAAUGCUGAAUUCCCAGAUAACACUGCACCACCUACUUACGAGAAUAUUGACGAAUACAUCAUUAAUUAUUCCAGACAUCAAACAGCUGGUACUGAAACUGAUCCAUCCUGGAUUACAUAUUUCAAAAAAGCAUUAUCUAAUUUAGACCCUUCUCAAUGUUAAUAUAAAAUAUAUUUAAUUUUACCAAAG